GUAGUUCGAGGUAACGGCGGCACUGUCCGGCGCUUGCUUUUCCUCCUCUCUCAGUCCACGCUCCCAGCGGUGCCCAGAGCGGCGGCGCGAGAGCGUCCCGCAGGCCGGCUCUCUUCCUCCAGUGCGCCCGCCUCGCUGAGUCGGUCAGUCCGUUGCCGUCGGUCGGGGGUCCGCGCCCCUCUGGUGCUCAGUCCCCGCGCUAGUCACGUCCAGGCCCAGCGGCCGUAGUCAACGCCUGGGCCGAGAGCCCCCAGCGGCGUGGGAACCAGGAGCGGAACCUCGCAGCGAGCAAGUCCGAGCGCGGCCGGGGCAGGUGGUAGAGCCGCGAAGAUGGUCGCCAAGCAGCGGAUCCGUAUGGCCAACGAGAAGCACAGCAAGAACAUCACCCAGCGCGGCAACGUCGCCAAGACCUCGAGAAAUGCCCCCGAAGAGAAGGCGUCUGUAGGACCCUGGUUACUGGCUCUUUUCAUUUUUGUUGUUUGUGGCUCUGCAAUUUUCCAGAUUAUUCAAAGUAUCAGGAUGGGCAUGUGAAGUGACUGACCUUAAGAUGUUUCCAUUCUCCUGUGAAUUUUAACUUGAACUCAUUCCUGAUGUUUGAUACUCUGGUUAAAAACAAUUCAGUAAAUUAUCCUGCCUCAGAAUGACUUUCAAAUCAUCCUUCAUGUGUCAUUCCAAGGUUUCUUCACAAGUCAUUCCAGAUUUUCUAAUCCAUACCACAGUGCCUUGCAAAAGCACCACAUAAAUAAAGCAAUAAAAUUUGAUUGUUAAGCUAUAGUAGCAGACCCUUAUUCAGCCAGUAAAGAAUAAAUUUUUUAUGUGAUUAUUAAAACAGUAUACAGCAUGGAUAAUUAGAUUAAAUCUGUGUACACAGGGUCUAGAUUUUAUUAACCCUAAUGUGUAAAUGCAAUUAGCUUAUUUGAAAUUUGGAAUCCUAAGGUUUUUGUAUAGCUAGGCACUUCAUUACUCUUGAAUUGAAAGCACACUGUAUUGUAGGGCCAUGUAACUAUCCUGUAAUAAGGUGCUUAUAUAUAAAUGGAAGAACUACACAGCCUAGUUUUGCCACAACCAUUAGCACCUAAAAUUUUUAAAAGCGAAAUGCAUAAUGUAAGUAGAGAUGCUUAUAGCUACAUCUACUUUAAUGUUAUUUCUGUUACACUACCUUGAAUUUUGCAUGCAUGAGUAUAGUAACCUCAGAUCCCAUUUGAAAAAAAAAAAUUUGGUUGAGCAUUUUGUAACUUAAGCAGUUACUGUGGUUUCACUAAAAGAUACCACGAUGGAGUGAAGGCAGGGAAGGCUUGUUUAUGUCACAUUGAUUUCACCAGAAUUAUUUUAAUAUAUCAAAGGAAUUUACUACUUUAGACAAAAUUUUGGGAAAAAAUACUAGAAAUGGAUGCUUCAUCAACACAUACCGUUGAGUCCAGUGUGCUAUAAGACAGCGUGUUAGUAGACUUAAUACCAAAACAAAACAAAGUAUAUCAACCAAUAAGUUAUGGAAUUGGAAGUUAAUUUGGAAAUGCUUUUUCUGUGUUUAUGAUUGAAAUUCCCUUAGGGUACUAGAUACAUCAGACUAAAGUGGCAUUUGGAAUUAAAUGGAUUUAUUGAUAGUGAUCAGUUUUUGGUCUUCCCUUGUAUGAUUUUAUAGAUUAUGAUUGAUCAGAUUUUCUUUUUACUAAUAGGGGGCGAGGGUGAUAAGGUAGGUUUUGGGUUUUCUAAUACGCAAGUUUGUUGAAAACUGCAAAUAUUGGCUAUAAUAUACUUAGCAUAACUUAGUGCAAGAAGCCUGAGCAGUGUCUAUUAAGAAUUGGAAUGGGCUGGGGAUUCAGUGGUUCUGCCGCCUUCCUUGCAAGUGCAACGACCCGAGUUCCAUCCCUGGUACCAAAAAAAAAAAAGAAUUGGAACAAGGCUGCUUGUUUGCUUUGUUAAUUGCCUCAGGAUAUGUUUUUUAAAUAAGCUUUUUAAAGGAACAGAAGGGAAAUCUGCUACCUAGUCUAUAUACCAUGUAAACCUCAUAGGGGACUUCCAGUACUCUCAAAUACAGAAAGUAAAAGAGUGUAAGGACAAUGUUUAGGAACUUACCGGCUCAAAUAGGAAAGGAAUCAGCUGACUUUGGGCCAGCAGGGUUUUUUUUUUAACUGAAUUGUUAAAUCUGUCUUUCUCACCCAAUAAAUCUCUUGUUUCUCUCUUUGAAACAGGUCCUGGUUGAUUCUAUUGUAUUAUAACUAAAACUGAAAGUUACUUUUCUAAAAUUAUAGCAGGUGCCUUAUUUGCUUUGAAUCAAAUCAUUCCAUAUCACAAUUUCCCUUGGUUUACUAUAGAUAAUUGGCUUUAAGGGUUUUUUUUGAACUAUACAAUGUUUUGAUUAAUUUGACUGUUAAACUGCUAUAACCAGCAAUCGUUUCAUAUGUGUAAAAUUUCAUUCCCUUUGUAUUUCAUAUGUAAUUUACCAAUUGAGUGCAUUUUAUAUUCAGGUUGAAUUAUGCAUGUUUGGGUAAAUGAGAGCUGUGUCUGAUUUAUCAUUUAAAAAUAAAGUUCCCUGAAUAUUUGA